UAUAAAACCCCCUGAUCUCCUAAGGGACUUUCUUUCUAUACUUCUUUGCUAUAGAGGAUUAGAAGUAAAACAGAUGUUAUCUUAGAAGUGUAUUUAAAAAGGAAAUAAAAACAGAGCAUUGCAUUUUGGGGUAGGACAGACACACAGGAAGCUUCAAACUAGUUAGAAGGCAUCAAGUUUGCUGUACCUGGUCAGCUGCUGUAUCUUUGGAGGAGGAUGCUGUCAGAAGGUUAUCUUUACAGAAUCACCUACCUUUGUGGAGACCUGAACCCUGAGCUCUACAGCAAGACUUCGGCUGAUGAAGUGGUAUAUGAAAUGAGAUCCAUUAAUUAUUCUCCCACAGAUGAAGCACAAGGAAAAAGCCUCCUUCAGAGAUGCAGAUCUGCUGGCAAAUGCAUUUCCUCAGUCUGCUCUAGAGGUAGCAAGCACAGCAGAAGGCAGAAGGAUAAUCUCCCACAGCCUGCACAUCACCCUGCACCCACAGGGCAACCAUCUCCAGAUACACGUGCCUGCGAAGGGCUGACAAAAAAAGUCACCUACCUGGUUCCACCUUCCUGCAAAAGCAUUUGCAAGAAUUACAAUGAUUUGCAUAUAGCUGGGGACUACGUGGUGCCCAUCAGCUCAGUCACGACAGAUUUUGCUUGUGACAGUGGCAUAGGCCCCUUCUUGGAGUCCUCAGAGAUUCCUCCCGCCAUGGAGUCCAUGAGGGUCCCCCCCGCCAGCGACACCGUCCGAAAGCCAGGCCAAGGCUACUCCUCGUGCUGGAGACUGGCGAGCUUGGGGCCACACCAUCAGCCCCUCUCUGACUCGGCCCUGAACGACUACCUCGAGCAGAAGCUGGUGGAACUGUACAAGCAGUACAUCAUGGAUAGCACAGCAAACAGGGCAUCCCCCACUCAGAUCCUGGCCUCGGAGCUUAUCAUGGCUAAUGUGGAUCAAAUCAGCAUGCAGAUAUCACGGGAAAGGAAUAUGGAGACCAUGAAGGCCAAAGACAUUGUCAUCAGCCGCUUUCUACAAAUAGCCAGUGAGAAGAUAUCCUCAGAAAUGAGCACACCUACUCUGCAUAUUUCCCAAUACAGCCACAUUAACCCUUAGUGUUUGAAUGGCUGACAUUAGAAAGUUUUUAUGUCCUACAGAGUCAAUUUUUAGUUUCUUAAGACACUUUUCUGCUUCAUAAAAACA